GUCCAUUAAGAAAUAUCCACAACAAUCUAUUGAAAAUUAUUAAUAUUUAUUCUGAUAACUCACAAUUUUCAUUUGUAAGAUCUAGACAUGUCAUAUAUAGAUAACUUAUCAAAAAAUAUAUAAUAAAAAAGCUGUGACAUUUGCUUUAAUCCGAUUUUUAUUUUUUACAAAUUCAAGUAGCGAGAUGAUGAAAGUGAUUAAAGGUUUUUUAUUUUUCAUUUUUAUUACCAUUAUUUCCUCAGAACAUGCUUCGCUUAGAGCUACAGAAGCAGACAUCAAAUUCUAUUUGUUUACCCAAAAAGACCUACUUCAUGGUACACAUCUAAAUAUUUCCGACAAAGGCGAAAUCAAUAGAUCUGAUUUCUCGAAAGACAAAGACACGGUGUUCUAUAUUCAUGGAUGGCUGGACAACAUCUCCUCCGAAACUCUGAUAAGUUUAAAAAAUGCCUAUCUGUCAAAAUAUGACGUUAACAUGCUUGUUGUCGAUUGGAGUACGUUCGCAGAUAGUAUAAUUUAUAAAAUAGCCUACGACAAUGUAGAACCAAUUGGAAAUGUACUUGGACAUUCAAUAGAACACCUUGUUCAAAAUACUGGAGCAAACUUAAGCAGAAUGAUUAUCGUUGGACACUCCUUGGGAGCUCACGUGGCUGGUGUAGCUGGUAGAAUUCUCAAUGGAAAAUUGGAUCACAUUAUGGGUUUGGAUCCAGCUGGUCCAUCAUUCACAACAGAAAACACCAGAAACCGUCUUACGCCCGGGAGUGCACAAUUUGUCCACGUUAUUCACACUUGUGGUGGUCUUAUAGGAUAUUUGAAUAGCUUAGGUGAUGCGGAUUAUUACCCAAAUGGUGGAAAGAACCACCAACCUGGCUGCGAAAUGGACGUGCUCGGUAAUUGUGCCCAUUUCUUAUCCAUUAAGUUCUAUAUUGAAUCGAUAUUAACGGGUAACUUCAAGGCCAGAAAAUGCGGCUCGUAUGACGACUUCACUAAAGGAAAGUGCAACGAUUCGCCAAUUUCAUAUAUGGGGCAAUAUAAAGUUGACAAAGGGGCACAGGGAUCAUAUUUCCUCCAAACCAAUAGGAAGCCACCAUAUGCUAAAAAUUAAUGUGAUUUAAUGUAUAUUUUGUAUAGAAUUAAAUUAUUCUUUUACUUCUUGUUA